GGACAGAGGGAACACCCCAGUCUCACUCCACUGGAUGCUCUCCACCCGCAGCUGGAUCACCGCGGGACGCGUAAUUACGCACGGCUGCAAAAAUAACAAUAACAAGCUCACCGUCCACGUUUCAAUACCAGGGUCACUUGAAUCUGACGCAUCUGAUGCAAACCUUGGGGGACAUUUGUCUUUCUGUGGGCCGUGUGUGUGGAUCUGCGAGCUCUCCAGGAAGUGAUGAACCAGCUAUGAUCUGCGCGUGAACCUGGUUUCGGCUUCCGUCGUUUUUACCCGCUGACCAUCUCCCGUUAAGUAUGUACUUCCUCCUGGUCGCAGCCGUGUUCCUGUGCCUCGAGGCGGCCGCCGGCGCAGAGUGCCCGACGCGGUGCGACGUGAGCACCUGCCCGAGCCCCGGCUGCCCCAGCGGCUACGUGCCGGACCGCUGCAACUGCUGCCUGGUGUGCGCCCCGGCGGAGGGCGAGCCGUGCGGCCGCAAGGACGACCUGCGGUGCGGCGACGCGCUGGAGUGCAAACACCCGGCGGGCAAGCGGCUCUCCAAGGGCAUCUGUCGGUGCCGGUUCCGCCAGGCCGUGUGCGGCAGCGACGGGAAGACGUACGGCAACGUGUGCCAGCUGAAGGCGAGCAGCAGGAAGGGAACCACGCAGGUCCAGAAGGGCCCGUGCGAGAACGGCACAGGUCCUUCAAAGGCUGCCAGUCCUCGUGACAAGUUCAACUUCAUAGCCGACGUGGUGGAGAAGAUCGCCCCGGCUGUGGUCCACAUCGAGCUCUUCCUCAGGCAUCCUCUCUUCGGCCGGAACAUCCCUCUGUCCAGUGGCUCUGGGUUUGUGAUGUCGGAUAACGGACUGAUUGUUACCAACGCCCACGUGGUGUCCAGCACCACGCCGGUGUCCGGCCAGCAGCACCUCAAGGUCCAGAUGCACAACGGGGACGUGUAUGAAGCCAGCAUCAAAGACAUCGACAAGAAGUCAGACAUCGCUACCAUCAAAGUCAAUUCCCAGAUGAAACUGCCGAUCUUGUUCCUGGGCCACAGUGCAGACCUGAGGCCCGGGGAGUUCGUGGUUGCCAUCGGCAGCCCCUUCGCCCUCCAGAACACCGUCACCACAGGCAUCGUCAGCACCGCCCAGAGAGACGGCAAGGAGCUGGGCCUCCGGGACUCCGACAUGGACUACGUCCAGACGGAUGCCAUCAUCAACUACGGGAAUUCCGGAGGACCUCUUGUCAACUUGGACGGGGAGGUGAUCGGCAUCAACACCCUGAAGGUCGCAGCAGGAAUAUCUUUUGCCAUUCCCUCCGACAGGAUCACGCGCUUCCUCAACGAUUCCCUGGACAAGCACAGCAAAGAUGUGAGGUCCAUAAAGAAGCGUUUCAUUGGCAUCAGGAUGCUGACCAUCACACCAACGUUAAUUGAAGAACUCAAACAACAGAACCCAGACUUCCCCGAUGUUACCAGUGGGAUUUAUGUUCAUGAAGUUGUUCCUCACUCACCUGCACAGAAAGGCGGCAUCAAAGAUGGCGACAUCAUUGUGAAACUGAAUGGGAAACCGCUCAUGGCCACGGCCGACCUGCAGGGGGCGCUGCUGAAGGAGACGGCCCUGCUGCUGGAGGUCAGGAGGGGCAACGACGACCUGCUCUUUAACAUCGAACCCGACGUCAUCAUGCAGUAGAGACCGGACGCUCGGACCGACAUGUUUGUGACAGAACGCGGUGGAAGUUCUGCCCCAGAGCAGAGGAACUUCUGGUGCUAUGGCAACGAGCUGUUAACUUCAGGAUGUACAACGGUGCCUUCCAUCUGCUCAGACCCGGCCACGCUUUGGAACAGGUGCACACAUGUACACCCUAGACUCACAUGAACCCAUAUAAUGUAUGUUAUGUUUUACUUUGAUUUCAGUCUUGUUUUUAACCUGGAGACACAUUUGCUGUACAAGUACCUCAGGAAGCUGAUGUUGAUAUGAGGCACUAAUGGCUGUUUGGCAGCAUUUUCAUGAUUCUCAUCACAGAAAGAUACAAAUAAAUCUUGAUGAAUGUACAGUUGAAUUGAAAAUGUCCCAUAAAAAGAUGUUUUUAAAUAAUGGUGA